GCCACCCCUCCCCACUCCUCCUCCCCCCCCCCAAACCCCAUGGCAACAACCACAGCUUCCUCCACGUACCCUGAGGAGGAGGUCCUCCGGCCCUCUUUCCCCCUGACCCCUCCGCCCGCUCUGGGGGACGAGUUCUACCCCUUUGGGGGUGAACGUCCGCCGUCUUUCGCGGGCGAAGCGGCUGCUGGGGACGGGGACCCCGAAGAGGAGGCGGAUCUGGAGGUGCUGCUGCAGAGGAAAGAGCAGGACCUGCUACUGGCAGCCGAGCUGGGAAAGAUGCUACUGGAACGCAAUGAGGAACUGGAGCGGCGCUACGAGGAACUGGCGAAGGAGCACACCGAGGCCAAAGAGCAACUCGAACAAGAGAAGCACGAACUCCGUCGGCAUCUUGAAUCAGGACGGGCCGAGUUCGAAACCCGCGUGGCGGAGCUGGAGGCCGACUUGAUGGCUGCUCGAGCCCGGCUGGGGCAGCAACGUCUGGAACAGCAGGACACGAGCCGGGAAAGCUCCCAGGCUGUCCUGGACCUUUCGGAGCAGAACCAGCGCUUGGUGGAGCAGCUAAGUCAGGUCACUCAGUUGGAGCAGCGCCUACGGGAAGAAUUGAGCUCGUUGCGCGGGGAGCAUCGGAGCCUGACCCUUAGCAGCACUGAACACGCCGCCCGGACACAGAGCCUGCAAGCUGAGAAUCUUAUGUUACAAGAGCGGAACCAAGAUCUGGAGAAACAGACUCACCAACUUCGGGAAGAGAAUGAAUCUGUCCAGGCACUGGUGGACACGCUGCACGAUAACCUCCUCCUACUCCGCAAAGAGAGUCAUGAAAAGGAGCUGCGGAUGCGACAGGUAGGAGUGGAAGCAGACGAGCUCCGGGCCUCCAACCGUCGUCUCCAGCAUCAAGUCAAGGAGAUGAAGGAAGAGAUCCGUCUGCAUGACUUAGAUACCUCAGUGAACUCCAUCCAGUCUGAGAUCGAAAGUAGCUUGGAGGAUGCUCCUGGAGCACCUGGACAGGCACCUAAGCAGAUGACCAGUGGUGCCUGCAAGACCUGUCCCAUCCCCAUGGCUCCAAAGAACCCCUUGCGAAGAUCGGAGGAGGAGGAAGCUGAAUAUGCCAGAAAGGUUUCGGCCUUGAGUCACCUGGAGCAAGAUAUACUGAGGCAGAAAGAAACGGAGAUCGUGAGACUCCAGGAUCAGAUUACUUUGCAGUAUGUGGAACUCUGCCACCUGAAGGCUGAGAUAGAGAACCAGAGGCGUCUGUAUCAAGAGAGCAACCGGGAUGAAGCCUUGAAAUUCGCCAUAGGAGAUCGGGAUGAGGCUAUCAUAAAGAAAAGCGAGAUAGAACUGGAAAUGGCCAAAGUCUCUCUGGAACGGGAUUCAUUGAGCCAGCAGUUAUUACGCGUCAUACGCCAGAAGAUGGCACUUUCCCAGGAGCUGGAAGCUUGGCAAGAUGAUAUUCAGUAUAUAAUCCACCAGCAGCUACUCCAGAAGCAACAACAAGAGCAGACGCAUCCCAUCACUUUGCCGCCUAAGACCCCCACACAAGGCAAGAACCCUCCUGUCUUUCGGCGCGGCACCAUCACUCACAAGGCCACGGGCUUCUUCUCGCUCUUCCGGAAAAGCUAAAAAGCCAGGAGGCGUGGGGGAAGCUUCUAGAA